AUGACUUACAAGGCACGUUGGGAUGUGGUUCAUGAAUUCAACCUCUGCAAACGAUGCCUGAGAAGGCACGGACGCAAGCCCUGUAAAUCCCAGAAGCUGUGUGGACAAAACGGUUGCGAUUAUAAGCAUCAUCCAUAUCUUCAUAAACACGGAAGCGAACCAAACGUACAAGAAGGUCAUAUGCACCAUCAUUCUUCGAAUCAAGUUUUGUACCGGGUGGUACCCGUGAUCCUAUAUGGACCCGAGAAAAAGCUGCAUACCUACGCGUUUCUUGAUGAUGGUUCAUCAGUUACUCUGGUUGAUUCAACUAUCGCAGGGGAUUUGGGAAUCAAAGGGAAAUUGGAACCCCUUUGCCUCAAAUGGACGGGGAACAGAACUCGGCAGGAGAAGGAAUCUGAAAACAUUUGGAUUGAAAUCUCAGUUUUCAAUGCUAACAAACCUAAUAAAGUUCGAAUGGUAUGGGACGCAGCCGCCAAAGUCCAUGGCAUCUCUCUAAAUUCAAUGCUACUCAAGGGCCCCGACCAGAACUGCGCUUUGACCGACGUGCUUAUUCGUUUCCGGGCGAAUCGGAUUGCGGUUUGCGGUGACAUUCGUGAAAUGUUUCACCAAGUUCUCAUAUCCGAAGAAGACCAACACUGCCAGCGAUUUCUAUGGAAGGACAACGUGAAUGAUGCUGAACCCAGUACCUACGUGAUGCAAGUGAUGACGUUUGGGGCAAGCUGCUCGCCCAGUUCUGCGCAGUACGUGAAAAACUACAACGCUCAACAGUACCAAGGCCAAUACCCUCUAGCGGCAGCAGCGAUAACAAAUAGUCACUACGUCGAUGACAUGCUACUGAGUGUGGAAUCGGAACAAGAAGCAAUUCAACUAGCCAAGGAGGUUCGUUUCAUCCAUGCGCAGGCUGGAUUUGAAAUGCGAAAUUGGUUGUCAAAUUCGCGGGCCGUUGUUACAGCGCUGAAUGAGUGUGGUGAGAACGAAAAAAGUCUCAACAUUGGCGAUCAGACGUCUACGGAAAAGGUAUUGGGAAUGUGGUGGUGCACAUCGACAGACUGCUUUACAUAUAAGUUGUCUCCGAAGCACGAGGAAGAUCUGCUGGCUGGAAAACGCGUACCUACAAAACGUGAGGUGCUUCGCACUCUGAUGGCAAUUUUCGAUCCAUUGGGAUUCCUUUCGAACUUGCUCAUCGUUCUAAAAGUUAUCCUUCAAGAAAUUUGGAGGUCAACCGUUGGAUGGGAUGACCAAAUCCCGAUGAAACUCUUCGAUGAUUGGCUACAAUGGUUAAGUGUGCUGCCAAGAGUUAAAGAUAUCAAAAUUCCUCGUUGCUAUCUUUCCAACCUUUCAGUAAAUACAGGAACUUUAGUAACUUUGCAUACAUUCGUAGAUGCCAGCGAACUAGCUUACGCAGCCGUCACGUACAUUAGAUUUCAACAAGGCGAUACUGUGGAGUGUGCAAUAGUGGGAGCCAAGGCUCGAGUUGCACCACUAAGAUUCCUCUCGAUUCCAAGAAUGGAACUGCAGGCAGCCGUUAUCGGAGUUAGAUUGGCAGAUACCAUUUCAAAUGCGCUUUGCUUUAAAAUAAAUCAGCGCAUUUUCUGGAGCGAUUCUCGAGACGUUCUAUGCUGGUUAAGGUCCGAUCAUCGACGUUACUCUCAUUACGUUGGUCACAGGGUUAGCGAAAUACUCGAAACUACGCAAGUUGGCGACUGGAAAUGGGUGCCUACAGAAGAAAACGUUGCUGAUGAAGCGACUAAAUGGCAGCGUCUACCAGAUCUUAAUAGUGAAUGCCGCUGGUUGAAUGGACCCGAAUUCCUGCGAGAGGACGAAGCAGCUUGGCCAUGUGAGCGGUUUGGAAAAUCGUAUACAGAAGAGGAACUUAGACCGAACGUCUCUUGUAAUGUACAUUCACUUCUUCCUGCACCCUUUAUACAAUCGGAUAGAUUUAGGAGUUGGAACUUGCUCCGGCGAACAGCAGCCUGGAUUCUUCGAUUCGCGCACAAUGCUCGAUAUAAAAAGUACCAAGAAAAGUGGACUGGUCCUCUCUCGGGAAAAGAACUUCACCGGGGAGAAGUGUUGAUGUUUCGACAAGCUCAGAACGAAUUUUUUAUAGAUGAAAUAAACUCACUGGCGUCAACAUCUCCCACACCUACCAUACACAAAUCAAGUCCAAUCUACAAGCUGUGGCCCUUUCUUGAUGAUGAACAAGUCUUGCGAGCCGCAACUCGAAUCGAAGCAUGUGAAGCAGCUAGCAUGGAUGCGAAAAAUCCAAUAAUUCUUCCGAAAGAUCAUCCAAUUUCUCGACUCAUAGUGCAACAUUAUCAUGUAAAGUUCUAUCAUCGCAACCAUCAGACGGUAAUAAACGAACUGAGACAAAGAUUUCGAGUGACACCUAGGCUAUCAAGCCUAUAUUGGAAGGUGCGAGCAAACUGUCAGCUGUGUAAGAACCUAAAAGCCGCUCCAAGACCGCCUCGUAUGAGUAAUCUACCAUCAACAAGGCUUUCGACAUUCACCAGACCAUUUUCCUUCGUAGGCAUUGACUACUUCGGUCCAAUGUUCGUUUCUGUCAAGCGUAGUACUGAAAAGCGUUGGGGCGUCUUAAUAACUUGUUUGGCCGUUCGAGCAAUACACAUUGAAAUCGCACACUCUUUGUCAGCUGAGUCAUGCAUCAUGGCUCUUCGAAAUUUUAUGGGGCGGCGAGGCACACCAACCAAAAUCUUUAGCGACCGUGGCACAAAUUUUAUUGGGGCAAAUAAAGAGCUCAAGGUGGCACUAGGGGAAAUGGAUCAAAAAGCUCUCUUGCAGGAAAUUUCAAGUCCAGAAACAACCUGGUCUUUCAUACCACCCGUUUCCCCUCAUAUGGGAGGAUCUUGGGAGCGGAUGAUCCAAACAGUUAAACGAAACUUGAACCAGAUAAAACCUAAGCAUCAGCUCAACGACGAGGUGCUUCGAAAUUUGUUAGUUGAAGUGGAAAACACCGUGAACUCUCGACCGCUUACUCACGUUUCAUCGGAGGAUCCAGAACAACCAGUAUUAACUCCGAAUCAUUUCCUCGUUGGAUCAUCGAACGGACUAAAACCAGCUUCGCUAUUGGACGACAGUGAAAAGGCCGUUAGAAGAACGUGGCGAUCAUCCCAGGUGGAGGCAAACAUAUUUUGGAAACGUUGGGUACGCGAUUACCUUCCUGAUCUAACCCAACGCUCUAAAUGGCAUACCCCUGCGGAACCCAUACAGGUGGACGACAUCGUGGUUAUAGUCGAUGCUAAUCUGCCAAGAAACUGUUGGCCGAUAGGUAGAGUCAUCUCAGCGGAAGCGAGCUGCGACGGAGAGGUACGAAAGGCCGUGGUUCAGACGGCUAAUGGAAUCUACGAACGACCUGCAGUGAAACUAGCCGUAUUGGAUGUUCGACGUAAAACAGAGUAA